UAACUCUUGAGACGAACACACAUUUUUACUUUCGAUUUUGACUCGAGAGGAGUUGUUAUUUUGGACAAAUAUAAAAUACAAACAACUAUUCAGUGGCCUCCUGAAACCGACUGAAGGUGAAAUCAUGAAUAUAUUUCUCGCAGUUCUCGUCGGGCUGCUCUCUGUCCUCCCUUCAAAAGCGAAAGAUGCUCCACCUGAAGUGCAGGUGUACAGCAAAGGACCAGGGAAACUUGGGGAACCCAACACCCUCAUCUGCCAUGUGAAGGGCUUCUACCCACCAGAAAUCUCCAUUAAAGUGCUCAAUAAUGGAAAAGAGAUCCUCGGAGCCAAACAGACUGACCUGGCCUUCGAAGAGAACUGGCACUACCACCUAACCAAGCACGUGUCUUUCACCCCAUCACAAAACGACAAGUACACCUGUGUUGUGACUCAUCUUGGAUCCCAAAGUGAAUACACCUGGCUAUCAGAUAUGUAAGCGCCACCUUGCUCCAGGUCUGCUCAGUCCAAGCGAAGCGACAUGAAGAAGAUUGAAAUGAUUUGUCUAUAAUCUUGGAUUUCAUCAUCUAAUGAGAGAAAAUAUUGUGCCUGCAAUCAGCUGUGUUUUUUUUUUAUCAGAAGUACAACAUGGCAAUGAAGCUCCUUUAAUAAAAUGUUGAUUUAUCAGGGAACAUCUAGCCAUGUCUGUUCAUAGAUAGUAUGUAAGGGAUAAUAUGCAGCGAGCCUACAUUAAAGUGAAAAGGAUCACCGCUAAAUGACCGGCUCGCUGCAUAUUAUCCUUCUUAUUACAUGGCCACAUAUUCAAUCAAUAAUUUGACAUAACAUAUUGAUUUAAACAUAACUUUAUGUGAUUAGCAACAAAACUUAAAAUGACUGCAGCACUUGUCAAGGUUUUUCUGCAUUGUAACUGUUCAGGCCUGGUUUCACUUUCUUCUUCAGAGCGCCCUUAAUGAUCUGUUAUAUAGAAAGAGAAGAACGCUGAACAUCCAAAUUGACCAAUCGGAAUUAAGUAUUUUACUAAGCUGUGCAGUAACAAUAAAUAAGGUAAAGAGGACGUGAUCACAGAGGAAACUAUUUACACUGAUGAUUAUACAUGCCCAUGCCUUCCUGUGUGUGUUGAAUGCUUGAUAUGUAAGGGCUUAAAAAGACUUAUCUAAUUAAUUAUCUUGUGCACUUUUUAUAUUGUGAAGUACAAGUAGUGACUAAUGCUUCUUGAGUUUACGACAGCGUGUGUUUUUACUAUAAGUACAACAUAAAACAUAAGCCUAUUAUUUUCCAUGUUCGUGUGAUUUGAUUCCCUCUGUAAAUGGGUGUUACAGUAUAUGGUUGGUUAAUAAAAAUGGUCAUGACUCUUAA